UUUGUUUCUUUUUAUAUAUCCAGGAUCUUUCAUAACCUAUCUGGAUGCAACUUACAAGCUUAAUACGUAGAUAAAUUUAAUAAUGAUUGGCAAUAAUAAGAGAUUGAAAAAGUUAGAACGAAUAGAUAUUUGUAUUUGUUACUUUUCAGUUACAUGAUGCUGUCAGAAAUAAUUAUUUACAAUUAUAUUUACAAUAAUUAUAUUCUAUAAGAUGCAACCAGAUGGAUUGAUCAGUUAAUAUUAAACAAAAGCUGAAAAGAAAUAAGAAUUUAAUUGUGUAUCAUGACCUUUCAUCCGUUACAAAGAAGAUCCACGUUUCUAAUUGGAUUUGGAAUCGGUUUUGUUUUGGCUACGUUGUUUUAUUUAAUAGGAAAUUUUGUUAAUGAAAGUACUAUUUAUGAUAAGAAAAAGUGGCAAUAUCAACAGUAUUCAGAUGAUUUAUCUAUCGUUUGGAUGACACCUAUUAAUUUUCUCUCAAGAGGAAUCAAGUUUCGUAAUUGGAUCAAAAGUAAUUUGACUAAGGGAUUAGAAAAUGUGUCCUAUGAUAAGUGGUUUGCUGGAUACAAUUUGCAAAGAUAUACUAUCGAUAUGGAUCGUUACUUGUAUGAACCAAAAUCAGAUAAUACUUCACAGGAAUCUGUUACAUUGGAAUCGAAUUGGUUGAAAUCUAAAAUAUUUAUUACGUGUAUUGUUUUUGUGGAGAAAGUUAAAUUGGCGAGAUCCAUAAAAGAUACUUGGGGUAGUCAUUGCAAUAAAAUUUAUUUCUUUGGACAACGCAUACAAGAUUCUCAUAUACCUAUUAUCAAUUUUACUAUGAAGUUUCAAUCCUCUUGGCAUUUUCUAUGCGAAAUUAUGAAUUAUAUAUGGAAAGACAAUGAAGUCAAAGAAUGGAUACUUUUUGUAAAAGACGAUAUGAUGGUGAUACUAGAAAACUUACGUUACAUAGUCGCACCAUUAAAUUAUGAAGAAAAUUAUUAUUUGGGUCAUGCGGUUGUAAUGUGGGGCCAACCGUAUAACGUUGCUCAAGCAGGCUAUGUAUUAAGUAAAGGAUCGCUUAGAAAAAUGAUAGAAAUGUUUAACACGUCUGAAAAAUGUGCAGCUGGUGGUAAAUAUUGGAAAAAGGAAGAUUAUUAUCUUGGAAAACAUUUAUCAUCUAUGGGUAUACUACCUAUGGAUACACGGGAUGAAUAUUUAAGAGGAACUUUUCAUGGUUAUACUUUAAAUAAUUUAUUAUGGGGAAUUGCAAAACCUGGUAGUUAUUGGACACAUGCUUUGUAUCCUACUCAAAAAGAAUGUUGCUCUUCCAUGUCAGUAACAUUUAGUGCUACCGAGGCUGACAAAAUGUUUACUUUUAAUUAUUUUUUAUACAAUUUACAUAUUUUUACCAAUAAAGGAGUUUUUGGAAACAAACGUGCUCCUAUGUCUUUCCCGGAAGAAGAUGUAUGGAAGAUUGCAUUAAAAGAAGAAUUUAAUAUAACUAACUUGAAUGAGAUUUCUAGCGAUGCAUAUUAUGAAAUAUGGCAUUCGAAGUAUUCAGAACCCGAGCAAUUGAUUUUGAAAAAUUAUCCAAAUACUUCCAACGUAUUAACUUCUAUUUUGACUGCUUAUGAAUCUAGAAAUCAAACGUUAGAUAAAUUAUCGUUGAAAUAAGAAAUAGAAAAAGACUAGAUUUAUACCAUGAUGUUUUCUAUGAGGAAAAAAAAGUU